AUGGAUCAAAGAAACAAUAAUUUCCAAUUGAAAUAUAACGAAUACAAGAACACCUUGGAAGAACUACAGGAAAAAGUAAUUGAACUAGGUCGUGAUAAGGAUGAACACGAAGUUGUAUUAAAGACUUUAAAUGAUACGGAUCCUAUCAGAAAAUGUUACCGAAUGGUAGGUAGUUCUUUGGUGGAAAGCGAUGUGAAGACCACGAUCCCAAUCCUGGAAACCAACAAUAAGAAAAUAACGGAAACCAUAUCGACUAUGAAAUCAGAAUUAAUCAAAACUGCACAGGAAUUUGAGAAAUGGAAAAAAGAUAAUAAGAUUCAAGUCGUCAGACAGUGA